AUGUCAAGUGGACUAACAGCCAGGCGGCUCAUUCUUCAGCAGUUGACCGCGGUGACGCAACACAUCCCGCUCCAAGCACGGCGCACCAGUGGUAAAGGAUGGUGGCUUUCCUCCUUUGUCCGACCAGAAGGCGAUCGCAGGGUUUUCACGCUAAUAACGGAGGAGGAAGUUGCAUUUCUGAAGCGGCGCUGUGAGGAAGAAGGUGAUGAGGGGCGUGUGAUCCUUUCAACACGCCCAACGAGGAAUAUAGUGAGGGCUGUGGGUGGGGCUGCCCUUAAUAUAACGCUUUCUUUUCUCGUUUCGCCGUUACUGGCGCUUUCCGUAUCCCUUGAGGCGAUACGGUUGCGAGGCUUGAGACCAGCGGCUUUAGUCAUUGCCCCAGGUGUUGGGUUGUUCUGGGGAGCUGUUUUUAUGGCCAUUGCAUGGUACGCGGCUGUGCAACAGAUGCUGCUAUGCGGCGUUCACACGUUGAGGGCGCCCAUAUUUUACCUGUUUUGCCCAGGUUGCUGCUGGAAUGAACUCUCCUGCAGAUAUGAGUACCCCUCUGGUGUUGUUGGCAAUUCCCAUCCACUUCUCUCACUUCAGGCACCACCGGAAAAACUGUUCGAGCGGGCAAUGAAGCGGGAAACGCGUCGCAAGCGCCGGGGCAAGCGAGAUGUAGGGUAUGAACGAAAGGGAGGUACACACCCUAGUGAAGGUGACGAUUACUAUGCAAUUCUAGGUGUUACACGGGACGCAACACCGCAGCAAAUCAAAGAGGCUUACAAUCGUCUUGCUCUUGAAAUUCACCCUGACAGGAAUCCAAGCCAAUCAGCAGCGUCUCAGUUUGACGUUUUAACCAAAGCAUACCGUGUUCUUGGUAACGCGGAGAAGCGCCGUAAGUAUGAUAUGGGUGGGAGAAGUGGGGUAGAGGACAUAGGUAAGAAGAAGCGUGGUGCUGUUCGGGCCCUAUUUGGUGGUGACGCUCUGUAUGCCAUAGUGGGUGACGUUAAGACAGGGAGCUUUUCGCAACGUGUAAUUGAUGGACUUGACUGGACACAGGAAGAGCUUGCUAUUUUCAGGCAGCGCACGCUGGAACGGUGUCGCGAUGAGUUGCUUAGCGUUUACUUGCAACCUCUACGGAGCGAGAAGGACAGCAAGGGCGCGCCUGCGCUUCAGGAACUCAAGGGACGCUUGCAACGGUUACUUAACACGGGUCUUGCGCGCGAGGUUCUGCAUGCGGUGGGUCAUGAGUACAUGCGUGUGGUGCUGUACGGCAAAGCGUCUGGACCAAGGGAGAGAAUGACUCUGUAUUUAAACGAGGCGGGGCCGCAUCGUAUGCGUCGACGCCUUGACAAAUGGCGCCACUUGUGCCGCAUCCGCCAACACACUCUUAGGGAUUCUGCUACAAUGGUGGAUUUGGCCUGGUACACCUCCGUUGAGGAAUUGGAGAGCACAGCUCGGUGGGUGGCAACGUCUCUUCUACUGGAUCAUCAGGUACCCGAAGAGGAGCGGCGACAGCGACUUGAAGCCUUGCAGGCACUGGCUGAAAUAUUCAUAACUUACGGCCAGUCGUACAAAGGUGCUAAUAAGCAAACCAUGGACGCUCUAAUGAAUUCCCUCAGAGAUUAUUAUCAACAGCAGAAACGAGGUGAAGGUGGUUAA